GGAAGCGGGAGCGCGCAGCUGCAGACACCCGGUCCCACGGCAUGGCGGGGGCGGGGCUGGGGGAGGCGCGCGCCGAGGAGGCCGGGGGGUCCCUCGCCCCGGCCCUUUGAGCCCGGACCAGACAGGUAACGUACGAACACACCUAUGUGCCAGCCCCAGUGCUAAGCUGUGAGAAAACGAGGGUGACUAAAAUAAGCAUGGGAUUACUUCCUGCCUGCAGAGGAUAGUUUACGGGGCAGUCGAACAUUAAACACCUAAUCCUGCAACUGAAAGUACAGAUGCAAAUUAUGGCAAUGACUGUGGAGAAUACGAACAGAAAAAGUAAUGGUAAAGCAAAAAAGAUCUCUUUCAGCAAGGGCGGUCAGAGAAGACUUCCUGAAGGAGGUGAUAGUCGAACUGCAACUUGAGAAGUAUGGCAAGGGCCAGAGGAAAUACAUGCUUGGCAGAGGGAGCAGCCCCUGUGGAUGUUUGCGCUGGUAAAGAGCGUUCAGGAAAGGAGGCUUACGAUGGGUCAGAUGCUGUGAUGGGCAUACAAGGUGUAAUGUUUGUGUACGGGUCAGGAGUUCACCAUCUAGUGCUAUAGACAUAAGUAAAGUGCAGAGACGAAGUUGCAUGCGCGAGAUGUGAUAAUGGAUCAUCAUGUUUCCACCAUCAGACCUCGAAGAAUCCAAAACCAAAAUGUCAUUCACCGCCUGGAACGCCGGCGGAUCAGUUCAGGCAAGGCAGGCACCCACUGGCACCAGGUCCGAGUGUUCCAUCAGAACAUUUUCCCCAACUUCACGGUCGUCAAUGUUGAAAAGCCACCUUGUUUCUUGCGUAAAUUCUCACCCGAUGGACGCUACUUCAUCGCUUUCUCUUCAGACCAGACCUCUCUGGAAAUCUAUGAGUACCAGGGCUGCCAGGCAGCCGAGGACCUACUGCAGGGCUAUGAGGGGGAGAUCCUGUCCAAUGGCAACGACCAGCGGUCCGUCAACAUCCGCGGCCGGCUCUUCGAGCGCUUUUUCGUCCUGCUGCACAUCACCAGCGUCGCGGCCAACGGGGAGCACCUGAACCGGGAGUGCAGCCUCUUCACUGACGACUGCCGCUGCGUCAUCGUCGGCUCGGCUGCCUACCUCCCAGACGAGCCUCACCCUCCUUUUUAUGAGGUGUAUCGGAACAGUGAGUCCGUGACCCCUAACCCCCGGUCCCCCCUGGAGGACUACUCCCUCCACAUCAUUGACCUUCACACCGGCCGCUUGUGUGAUACACGUACCUUCAAGUGUGAUAAAGUGGUCCUCUCACACAACCAAGGGCUGUACUUGUAUAAGAACAUCCUGGCCAUCUUGUCAGUGCAGCAGCAGACCAUCCAUGUGUUCCAGGUGACUCCUGAGGGCACUUUCAUUGAUGUGAGGACCAUUGGCCGCUUCUGCUAUGAGGAUGACCUGCUCACCGUGUCAGCUGUUUUUCCUGAGGUGCAGCGGGACAGUCAGACAGGCAUGGCCAAUCCUUUCAGGGACCCCUUCAUCAACUCACUGAAACACCGGCUGCUCGUGUACCUGUGGCGCCGGGCACAGCAGGAUGGUAGUGCAAUGGCCAAGAGGCGCUUCUUCCAGUAUUUUGACCAACUACGGCAGUUGCGCAUGUGGAAGAUGCAGCUUCUGGAUGAAAACCAUCUGUUUAUCAAGUAUACUAGUGAGGAUGUGGUAACCCUGCGGGUCACAGAUCCAUCACAGGCAUCUUUCUUUGUGGUGUACAAUAUGGUGACAACAGAGGUGAUUGCUGUGUUUGAGAAUACAUCAGAUGAGCUUUUGGAGCUCUUUGAGAACUUCUGCGACCUCUUCCGUAACGCUACCCUGCAUAGUGAAGUCCAGUUUCCCUGCUCAGCUUCCAGCAACAAUUUUGCAAGGCAGAUCCAGCGCCGGUUUAAAGACACUAUUGUAAAUGCCAAAUACGGAGGGCACACGGAGGCAGUACGCCGGCUGCUGGGUCAGCUCCCCAUCAGUGCCCAGUCUUACAGCGGUAGCCCUUAUCUUGAUUUGUCUCUCUUCAGCUACGAUGACAAGUGGGUGUCAGUCAUGGAGCGGCCCAAGACCUGUGGAGAUCACCCUAUCAGAAAUUUUUAAACAUGUAAAGGUAGAGGAGUGUGGUGAGCCUCCCCGUACCCAUCACCCCACUUCAGCAGUUGUCACUUCAUGGUCAGUGUUGUUUCAUCUCUUUCCACCACCCCUUCUCUGCCCCUCGCAACUGCCACCCUGGAUUAUCACAUCCCAGGUAUCAUAGUAAUUCACUUGUAAAUAUUUCAGUACGAAUCUCUAAAAGGUAAGGACUGAGAAAAAUACAACCUUAAUACCAUUAUUCCAUCUAUGAAAAUUAACAAAAAUAUAUUAAGAUCACCCGUAUCUAGUGAGUUUUCACAUUUCCCUGUUGUCUUAUACAUAGUCUUUUUACAUUUUGUUCCAGUCAGGAUCUAACAAGUUUUGUAUGUUGUAUUUGGUCACUGUCCUCUUGUCUUUUUUAUUCUAUGGCCUCUGCUUGCCUCUUAGUUUCUUUGCAGUGAAAUUGUUGAAGAAACCAGGUUGUUCGUCUGGUAGUAUUCCGCACAGUCUAGAGUGUGCUCAUUGCAUCCCUGGCAUAUUUAUUGUCUUUCUUAUCCCCCCAUAUUUCCUGUAAGCUGGUAGUUAGAUUUAGGAGCUCAAACAACUCACUUUAAAUUAUAAGCCCUUUGUGUGCUGGGGACUGUGUGCAUAAGGUGAAUGUGUUUUUCACACGUAAAAGCAGGUAAUUGGCCUUAUUUGAUAUUGUCACAAAGCACGAGAUACAUUUCUCUCCUUUUUUACUUCCCUGCCUUUCUGAUUUUAAAAGAUUAACCUAAGUAAUAAAUCUGGAAAUGCCAUUGCCCCGACUUAAAAGAUUUUUCUUGUAAGUCUUAUUUAUUUUUAAUUUAAAAUGAGAGAUGUGAGGAUAUUAAAGUCAUUUAAAGAGGUAAUACCAUUACUCUAACACUUUUAUUGUAUAUUCCAUUCUAGUCUCUGCCAGCAUGCAUGUUUAUGUUUGCACAGUUGUAAUCGUGGUUAGCAUAAUAUUUUGUAGCCUGCUUUUAUUUAAUAAACAUUUUCCCAUAUUGUUACGUAGUCCUCACAGUUACAGUUCUAACAUGGCAUAUUAUUCCGUCAAGCAGGUGUACCAUAAUUUAUUUAACUAUUCUAUUACUGAACAUUUAUUCUCUCUACAUUUUUACAUUAGAACUAAUGCUGUAGAGUAGCCAUCUUUAUGCAUGUCACUAUUCAUUUAAAUUAAAUUCUGAGGGUAUGAGUUCUUGGAAAUGGGAUUGUUGAAUCAAUGGGUAUGAGUAUCUUUAUGUCUACUAUAUAUUUGCUUUCCAAAAGGGAAAUUAUAGAGCUCUUUAUUUCAGAGCUCUUUAUUUUCUAGAACUUCCCCCAGUUCAGCCCCAACCCUGCUGAUCAUCUCUAGUUCACAAGUUCACAGGGCACUUAUUUUGCAUGUGGGAAAAAGGCAUUUAAGUACCGGGAUGGAUAGAAGCAUCUUUAGUCUUACUGUGUUAGAUGAAAAAGUAAAAACUACUUAGUGUUUUGUUUUUGUUUGUGAAAAAGAAGAACCUUCUAAAAAAAUUUAUUUUUAAAAAUGAAAAACUCAGAUAUGGACCUAGACCUGCACUGUCCUGCGGUAGCUACAAGCCUCCUGUGGCUGUUGAGCACUGGUGUCACUGACAUGUGACGAGUGCAAGUUGAGAUGCGCUCAGGUGACACAUACACAUCAGAUUUCAAAGGCUUAGUACAAAAAAAAGAAAAAAAAAUCUCUUUAGUAUCUUUUAUGUCGAUUAUAGGUUAAAAUGAUAGUAUUUUAGAUACCAGUAUUGGGUUAAAUAAAAUAUUAUUAAAAUUAAUUUCACCUUUUUC